AUGUCAGAUAUUUAGUUAAAAAUGAUAAAAUUAUCUCAUAAAGUAUAAUUAUAAAUUAAAGCUCAUUCGAAAUAUGGAUAAAAAGGAGUCCAUACUUUAUAAUAACAAUAUUAAAAGCUUCAAACAUUAUUGAAAUAAUAAUAAUAAUGA